CGGAAAUCCCGACCCAAAUAAAGCUCCCGGGUCAAAAGAAGAUAAAGAUGUCAGGCCAAAAGCUGUUAGAAAUCCCAGACAUCCUUGGAUUCUUAACCCAAGUAGAACUAAAAAUCCUGGGCAAGAAGAUGAUAAAGUUGUCAGGCCAAAAAAACUAAAUGUUUUUCAACAAGCUGUUAAAGCGCUAAGCGAGAUGAAACUAGAUGAUCCAGUGCCUAAAGAGACUUUAUAUUCUAAAUAUCAACUCUUGGAGAAUAAAGUGAUUGGGCGCGGUGGCUCUGGCAAAGUCUACAAAGGGAUCCGUAAAUGGGAUGGCACUCCGGUUGCCAUCAAGCGAAUAUACAAACGAUACAAUGAAAGAACUCUUACAAUUCCUGGAUACCCUGACCCGCUCAUUACAGAAGUGGCGCUAUUGCUUAAGUUAAAAGAUGCGUCCUUCUGCCCCAAUGUCAUAGAGUUGUAUGACUGGUAUGAGACAAGACAAUUUCACAAUCUCGUGUUGCAGUACCCUCUGCAAAGCGUAUCCUUGAGGCGUUUUGUUACUCGUCGAAGAAAACUUUGUGAAAAUACAGCAAGAGUUCUCAUGCAUCAGGCAGUACUGGCAGUGCAACACUGUCUGGAUAAUGGAGUUGUCCAUACAGACCUCCAUGCCAGAAACUUCUUGGUGCAGAAAUCAACAAUGAGCCUGAAGUUAAUUGACUUUGGGCUUGGACAUCUUCUUAAACAUAAAGGCUAUAAGUCCUACGAAUUUAGAGGAGCUCCAUGCUGCACCCCGCCUGAGAUCCGAACAGGUGGUAAAAUCCACGCCAUGCCAGCAAACGUCUGGGCCUUAGGUGCUUUGCUGUACUUUAUGGUGCUUGGAUCUUACCCCUUUCCUUUCAACAAGUUUUCUUUGGACAACCUGAAGAAAAAAAAGGACUUAUCAAAGGAAAUCUGUGAUCUGUUAAGAUGGUGCCUGGCCAUGGAUCCAAGGGAUCGUCCGACCCUCAGGCAGCUCUUAGAUCAUGACUGGUUUUAGUUAAUGAGUUAUUCAGACUGGUAAACUCAGUAUGAAGAAGGAGAGCUACUCUUAUACAAAAUGAGGGCGCUAGACACACAAAGACGAAGCUUAAUGACUGAAGGAGAGGGGAAUGAUGGGAGAUGCUGUUUU